GAAUUUGUGUUAGCUUCCAUGUACAGUAAUGUCAGCAAGUUGUAAAUAUUCCAAGUUUGUACCUAAGAGGCUAAAGAGACACCAUCUUAGUGUGAUUUAGAUAAAUUCUACGAUUAGUGAAUACAUUAUGAUUAACUUUUAAAAGAUUAUUAACCUUUAAAUAGGCCUUUCAAAAACAUUGAAAUCUUUAUAUUUUGAUUUUCCUAUAAUAUUUUCAACCUUUUAUGUGAGAAAUAAAACAAUAAAAUAUAUAUAAAAUCACAAAACACAAAUUUUUAUAAUUUUAUAUACGAGCUCAAUUUUAUAUUCAUAUACAAAUAACAUAUUAUAAUCAAUAAAUUUGUUUCCUUGAUAAUUGUUUUGUAUAUUAGAAACAGAAAUAUAUAUGAUUUACCAGGAAAAGAUUUGAUCCUUGCAAACUUAUCUCUUGCAAUGUGUAUUAACGACAAGCACAAUCUGCAGCCUACCAUCAAUGUUUGAACUUGUCAAAGGUUUAAAAAUAAUUAAAAACCCCGAAAAAAAGGGAAAUUACAAAGCAAGAACCCAAAUAACACUCCAGGUGAUGCGCACAUCAGUUUUCAAUGCUCACACGCGGUGCACAUUAGCUCCAACCAAUCAAAACCCAUCUCCGGCGAGACUGACGCUUCCUCGUCAGCCAUCAUGGCCACGUGGAAAGCCUCCUCCUCCUCCUCCUCCUCCUCCCCAGCAUCGUCUCCUUCCCGUCGUUUCAUCUCCUAUAGGAGAAGAACCAAGGCUUCACCACCGAAACGACCUUCCUCCGAAUCUCCACCGAGGAAGAUGAGAUCAAUCGCCGACAUAAUGGCGAAAUCUUCCCCCGUCGUCGAGCAGGAGCAAGACGACAGCUACGGUGACGUCACCUGCGAGAAAUGCGACUCCGGAGAAAGAGACGAUGAGCUUCUUUUAUGCGAUAAAUGCGAUAAAGGGUUUCACAUGAAAUGUCUCCGACCGAUCGUGGUUCGUGUCCCUGUCGGACCGUGGGUCUGUGUCGAUUGUUCCGACCAACGACCUGUAAGAAGAUUAUCUCAGAAGAAGAUUAUGCAUUUCUUUCGGAUCGAAAAGCAAAUUGAUCAAACGGAGAAAUCACAGCUGAGUCAAGAAGAGAGUAGAAAGCACCGGAGACGAUCUUGCUCCUUGACAGUGAAGAAGAGGAGGAGAAAGCUAUUACCUAUGGUUCCAUCUGAAGAUCUUGAACAGAGGCUUGCACAAAUGGGCACACUUGCGUCUGCUUUAACAGCAUUGGGUAUCAAAUACAGCGACGACUUGACUUAUGUUCCAGGAAUGGCUCCUCGGUCUGCUAAUCGAUCCAAGUUCGAGAUAGGUGGGAUGCAGGUGCUUGCGAAAGAAGAUUUGGAGACAUUGGAGCUAUGUAGAGCUAUGUAUAGACGAGGAGAGUGUCCUCCUCUUGUUGUGGUAUUCGAUCCACUUGAAGGUUACACAGUUGAAGCAGAUGGUCCAAUUAAGGACUUAACAUUCAUAGCUGAAUAUACAGGGGACGUUGAUUACUUAAAGAACCGUGAAAACGACGAUUGUGACAGCAUCAUGACUCUCCUUCUGUCUGAAGAUCCAUCGAAAACUCUUGUUAUCUGUCCUGACAAGUAUGGAAACAUAUCUCGCUUUAUCAGUGGCAUCAACAAUCACAAUAGGUUUGGUAAGAAGAAGCAGAACUGUAAAUGCGUGAGGUACAGCGUGAAUGGCGAGUGUCGGGUUCUUCUAGUGGCUACGCGUGAUAUAGCGAAAGGGGAGAGGCUCUAUUAUGACUACAAUGGUUAUGAGCAUGAGUAUCCUACUCACCUUUUCCUCUGAUCUUUUUCACUUCAAACAGUUUCACAACAGUCUCUGGAUCAAUUGGUCUUUAUUUUGUUGCAAAUUUACAGAUCAAAAUUAGAAUACUUAGAUUUAAACCGCAUGGCCUUUGAAGAGGUUAUGCAUUCUUGAUUAUGAAUGUUAGUUAUAUAGACUAAUUAUAACUUCUUUCGCAAUACUUCUAUUCAGUUUCAAAAUGAAAAUUUUAACUAUUUUUCUUUGGAGAACUUUGCAAAAUGAUAUUUUAUUUAUUUUAUACUUCAU